CCCGCUCUGGCUCUAGGAAGCAGGAUUUUCUCCUUUCCCGCGUUUUCUCGCUCGACGGAGGGCCAGUUGCAGUACUGUAUCUGUUCCUGUUGCAAUUGGGAGGCGGCAACUGAGCAAGGCACGAAUCAUGGAGCAAUGGGUUCCGCUCUUCGACAUUUUCCUCAACUCCCCAACUCCAGAGAUCGAAGCUUCUCUAUGGCUUCACCGAUCUUUCAACGUUUCUUCCACCCUCCCAAUCUCCGCCGCCUCCUUCCUCUCUUUACUCACUCAACCUGUCGACUCCGUCGCUGGUGAAUCUGACUCCUCGCCUCCCCAGACCAAAAGCAGGGUCAUGUUCAUACAGACGCUACCCAGUAUGGUCCAGUCUAGAAUUUUAGCGUUUCUUUCUGUUGAGCAGGAGAGAUUUUGCAGUGUGGACUUGAAUAGAUUGUGCAGGCGUGUGUUGAGUGAGGGUUGUGGUGUUGAUUUCUGGGUCCAGAGCGCUGCCCGCGACCUGCUCGAUAAAUUGUCUGGCUCAGGUCGCCAAUGGGUUCCUGAUUUGGUUUUGGGUUCUGAUGAAUCAAGAGUGGAGAUAGAGUUUAAGUCACUGCCGGGUUGGCUCAAGGAUGCUGUGGCUGUGGCUACUGAUGAAGUAGUUCUUCCAUGGCUUCCUCUUUCCCAUGAUGAAUUGAAUUCAAGAGAUUUGAUUUCUAGUCGUGACACUGAACAGCAACAACCUUCACUCACUCAAGUUGGGGAGAAUGAACUGUAUAACUGGAAAGAUGUUGCUGAAGGGAUGGAUAUUGAUCAUUCAGAGAAUGAUGUUCUGGAUCCAGAGAUGCAAAACAUGGCAGCAAGGUUGAGAACUCGGCUCAUGAAUGUCGACUCUGGUUCCAAAACUGUUGAAUUGGCCGAAGAAAUCCGCGAACUUUGUGUAGAUAGUAAAGCUGAUUCUCUUGCAGUCUUGGGUUUGAUUGAACCUUGGAAAGUGGAUGAUGAAAGUGCAGCAGUUUUGGUUUCCCAUCUUCUUAGUGGAAGUGACGAGGAGCUUGCUUGGCCUAGCCACGUCAUAUCUUCGGUAAUCCUUCCCAAGCUGUUGGCUCUAGAAAGACCAGCUUCUCGUGUACUGAUCUCUUCAGUUAUGAAUUUCUGUAAGCUUCAUGAGCGAGCUGCUGAAUACGGACUACUGAUUCCACUCUUAAUGAGAAAGGAUGGCAUCAACAAUCCUAUAUGUGAAGUGAUCACAAGGAUUGUCAAGGAAUGCUUGCAUAGAGCUCAUGUAUCCGCGUUAUGCCAGAAGCUCUUCUGUGGAAAAGAAGGCGAGAGAAAACCUAUCUGCCAGCCUUGCCACCAGUGUCUUAUAUCUAGAGAAUUGGUGUGGACUGAAUCAUUGUUCAGUCUAAUACAGAACAUAAUGAGUCAUAACGUUCAGUUGACUCAGGACACUGUAGAUCAACUUGUUCACCAGGUUCAUAACUUGGCUCCGAGAUUCUCCAGGUCCCUGAAAUUUGGACACUUUCUGUUGUGUCUCACCAAGAAAUUUGGUUCAUUAUUGCAUUCUCAUAAGCCAUUAUUGACUGAAUCGGUAGCACAAACCAAUACCCUUGUGACAAAAUCUAUAUUGUCAAAGCUGGAAAGCUUGUAGCCGAAGAAUAUUUUAUCUUACUUCCUCGUUUUGUUUCCAUGGUCAGAUUUCUUCAUGGUAUUUAGCAGAAUCACGUUAUUGAGUAUAUGAAGUGGAGAUUUUCUUACAUCAGAUACUUUCUGAUGGAACGGAAUCACAGAGCCAGACAACUCUUCAGUUCACUUUUCCAUCAGGCUUCCUCUUACAUAAAUGAGGGUUUAAUUGGGAAAGUAAAGCAGCAGUAAAAACAGAAAAUGAAGCAAGCAAGCAAACAGUUAUUUAAGACAUAGAAAGGGGCAGUCUUAGGCAUGGAACCCAUUGCUACCCUUAGCAAGUUCCUUCAUGGUCUCAAAUCUCGUUCCCUUGUCUGUGAAUUUUGUGGCAGAAUAGAGCUGAAGAUAAUCACCAAAAGUAUAUGAGAGGGGGUAGAGAAGCUUCGAAGCUGGAGUUAUGACCGCAUCACCAGCUGGAUUAUAGAACGUGGCUAUGGAGAGCCUGCUUCCGUUCUUGUCAGCCAUGACUCGAUGCAGAGUACUUUUGUAUCUUCCAUUGCUCAAGACCUCCACCUGAUCACCUAUAUUCACAAAAAUGGUGUUGUUCCUGGAUGGAGGAAUCUGGAACCACUCCCCAUUUUUCAGGAACUCGAGCCCUGGGACUUGAUCGUCCUGAAGCAGGAGUAUGAUCCCACCGGCAUCAGUGUGCUCUCGGAGCCCCCUCACAAGUUCUGGCUCUGGACAUUUUGGGUAUUUAGCAACUUUUGUUCCCACAGCAGGACCCUCUUUCCCAGAGAAAGCAUCCUUGAUGAAACUUUCAUCUAAUCCCAGAUUCUCGCACAUGAGGUUGGCGAGUUUCUCUGCUAGCUUUAUCAUUUCAGCAAUGUACUCAUCGACGGUUUUGCUGCCAUUAACAUUUUGCAAAUGCAUGUAAACGUUAGUCAGAGCAUCCCAGAGAUAAUAAGAGGCAGAAUCUUGAGUUGCUUUCGUAUGAGGAAGGCACUCACCUGAAACCCUGAGGCAGGUUUGGGAUUUGAUGGAUGUUAGAGGUUGGACGGUGCCUGAUGAAGAAGCUGCUUUCCCAAUCCACAUCAGAUGGGUUUUCUUUAUUAUUCAGCUUCUUGGCUGUCCCUGAUUGAUAGAAGCUCUCUUUCAGGUUUUCCUCGUAGUGUUGAUCAACCAACUGCUUCACUUUCUCCAUCAACUUGCUAUCAAUCCCGUAGUUUCGAAUCUGCAGCAAGACAUAAAAAAAGCCCUGUCAAUGUCAUUAUGGGAUCCUGUCACCUGAUUGCAUGAGAGUGGAUACAAGCUUCCCUCACAAAUUACCUGAAAGAAGCCCCAGUUCUCACAAGCAUCGUGCAGAAUCUCCAUGGCCUUGCUCCUGUUCUCACCCUCAAGCUCACUGAAAUCAAUGGUGGGGAUCUCCAUAGUUUGCUCAGGCAUUGUCCUCCUCUUCUGCAACUGUGAAAGUAAGUGACUUUUGUAGUUUUGAGCUGGGGAGAGUUUAUAUAAGCCAAGGGUCAGGGGUGGCCUUUGGAAAAGUUUAGACUAAUAGUAUUAUUAUAUUACCCUAAAUGUAGUUAACCUUAGGAAGCGUCAGGAAGUUAAAACUAGACAGUAAACUGAAUUCUCUGGAUUUGUCCCCUGAAAACAGAAUCAAAUGCGAAAGAGUAAUCCAAGUUCAGCGUAUAGUUCCCACAUAAUCUGGUCAGGAAGAUCUCAUUUAUUUUAAUAAUCUCAGAUCAACAGUCAAUGUGUGUGGAUUUGUGCAUAAGUUCAGUGCCCAAAAAAGGUAAACAAGGUCAAUCAACCGCCCCUUGUAAUUCUCACCCCAUUAUAACUGAAUCUGGUUCUUUCUUCCUUCUCAUAUUAUUAAUCUUCAUCAACUAGAAUGGGAAUUCUUAUAUAUAUAUGUCAACUUGCUGCAUGAUUGAGUUUUACUUUAUUAUUUCUGUGAGCAUCUCGAGUUUCAUUGUCUUUGAGAAAAACUGUGGGGUGGGAAUGGGGUUGGAUUCAGAUUUGGAUCUCACGGUUCCCUGCCUGUGGGGAGUUAUGGUAGUGUUUGCUCUGUCGCUUGGUUUUCAGCUGAGAGAGGUAUGGAGGAGAAGGAUGGCUGCUGCAUGCAGAGAUUCCUGAAGAAAGAACUUGUCAGUUUGUCAUUUGAGUAUGAGCUGGAUUUGAACUAUGUUUCAUGGAUGAUUUUACAACUUCGUAGUUAAUUAUGUUUUCUAUCCAGCUGGAACUUGGAUGCAUGGUCUGUCUCAUACCACUUCUGUAAAGAAUAGAAUAAUUAUAUACACUCCGAGAUUGUGCUUUCCUCAGCUGCAGGAGUAUGCCUCUUCACACUUUCCCCUGCAUUGGUUCAUAUAGAAGGAGAAAUGAAGUAAGCCAAAUGUGGAGGGCUGAGACCUGUAGCAUCAAGAGGUUCUCACCAUGGAAUUUGCAACGAUCCAUAUUACUACCUGUUUGUUAUUUGAUCUUACUUCCACUUAUCGUUCCUUGGUAAAUUUUGAUAUAAUUACCAAAAAGUACGCUU